AUGCCGAUCAUGUACAGCAUGAGGACGGGGACUAGAGAGCUCAGUUGUUUGCUGGUGUCCAAGGGGGAAGGAGCCUUCCUAGAGGCAACCAUAGAUGAAGUGGAAACAGAUGUGGUGGAGAUAGAAGCAAAGCUUGACAAGCUGGUGAAGCUAUGCAGUGGAAUGAUCGAGGCUGGGAAAGCCUACAUCACCACCAACAAACACUUCGUCACUGGGGUCCGAGACCUGUCUCAACAAUGCAAGAAGGAUGAAAUGAUUUCAGAGUGCCUUGACAAAUUUGGAGACAGCCUGCAGGAAAUGAUUAACUAUCACAUGAUCCUUUUUGACCAGGCUCAGAGGUCAGUCCGGCAACAACUGCACAACUUUGUGAAAGAUGACGUUCGGAAGUUCAAGGAAACGAAGAAGCAGUUUGACAAGGUGCGAGAGGACAUGGAAAUCUCUCUGGUGAAGAAUGCGCAGGCUCCACGGCACAAGCCCCAUGAAGUGGAGGAAGCAACGGGCACCCUGACCAUCACCAGGAAGUGCUUUCGACACCUGGCCUUAGACUAUGUGUUACAGAUCAAUGUGCUACAGGCUAAGAAGAAAUUUGAAAUACUGGAUGCGAUGCUGUCUUUCAUGCAAGCCCAGUACACUUUUUUCCAGCAGGGUUACAGCCUUCUUCAUGAACUUGAUCCCUACAUGAAGAAACUAGCCACUGAGCUGGACCAGCUGGUGAUUGACUCUGCUGUGGAGAAGAGGGAGAUGGAGCACAAGCAUGCACUGAUACAGCAGAGGACUCUCCUGCAGGACUUCUCCUAUGAUGACUCCAAGGUGGAAUUCAACAUUGAUGCCCCCAAUGGAGUGGUGAUGGAAGGCUACCUCUUCAAGAGAGCAAGCAAUGCUUUCAAAACGUGGAACCGGAGGUGGUUCUCCAUACAGAACAGCCAGCUGGUAUACCAGAAGAAGCUAAAGGAUGUCCUCACGGUAGUGGUGGAAGACCUGCGUCUCUGUACUGUCAAGCCCUGUGAAGAUAUAGAAAGGAGGUUUUGCUUUGAGGUCGUCUCCCCUACCAAAAGCUGCAUGCUGCAAGCCGACUCGGAGAAGCUGCGCCAGGCCUGGAUCCAGGCAGUUCAGGCGAGCAUUGCCUCCGCGUACCGGGAGAGCCCUGACAGCUACUACAUCGAAAGACUGGACCGGACUGCCUCCCCGUCUACUAGCAGCAUUGACUCUGCCACGGAUUCCCGGGACCGCAACGUGAAGGGAGAGACCAUCCUGCAGAGGGUCCAGAGCAUUCCUGGAAAUGACCAGUGCUGUGACUGUGGUCAGUCGGAUCCCCGGUGGGCCAGUAUCAACCUGGGCAUUCUGCUGUGCAUCGAGUGCUCUGGGAUCCACAGGAGUCUGGGCGUUCACUGUUCCAAGGUCCGAUCUCUCACGCUGGAUUCCUGGGAGCCAGAGUUAUUGAAACUGAUGUGUGAGCUGGGGAACACCACCAUGAAUCAGAUUUAUGAAGCACAGUGUGAAGAGCUGGGACUGAAGAAGCCCACGUCAGGGAGCUCCCGACAAGACAAGGAAGCCUGGAUCAAGGUCAAAUACGUGGAGAAGAAAUUCCUGAAGAAGCUGCCUAACACUGAGGCCCUGGUGGAAAAUGAGAGGAAACCCCGGCGCUGGAGCGUGAAGAAGUGCCAGCGGCACAACAGCACCACAAAAGCACCCACAGCUCGCAGGAAGUACCGCCACGAGGCAGGAAAUGCAUCGCCAGCAGCACUGUCAUCAGCUGCCACACUGGAGAGGAAAUUCCGGCGAGACUCUCUCUUCUGCCCGGAUGAGCUGGACUCCCUCUUCUCCUACUUUGACACAGGCGCCGGCUCUGGACCACGCAGUGCCAGCCACAUCUCUAUGCAGCACCCGCUAGGAGCUGGCCCAUGGAGUGGCAGUGGCAUUGGUCCCGGUGGGAGCGGUACGCCGUUCCUCCUGGACGGAGGUCUGAGCAGCGACAGUGGGCUGGGAGGCAGCACUGACGGCAGCACCGAUGUCUUGGUGUUUGGCUCAGUGGUGGACAGCGUCACGGAGGAAGAGUGUGAAGUGUCAGAGGAGUCUAGCGGCGAGGCAGAGAUCGAACAGGAGGCCUCGGACCUGGAGGACCUACGGGAAUUGCACCCCGGCUUGCUGGUUUACAAGGCGGCCCGGGCCCGGAACCUGCCUCUCAUGGCAGAGGCUUUGGCUCAUGGUGCAGAAGUCAACUGGGUGAAUGACGAGGAUGAAAACAAAACUCCUCUGGUUCAAGCUGUGAUGGGGGGCUCCUUGAUAGCCUGUGAAUUCUUGCUCCAGAAUGGAGCAGAUGUUAACCAAAGAGAUAUACGGGGCCGGGCUCCUCUGCACCACGCCACAUACCUGGGCCACACCGGCCAGGUCUGCUUGUUCCUAAAGCGAGGAGCCAACCAGCACGCAGUGGAUGAAGAUGGGCAGGACCCUCUCAGCAUUGCAGUCCAGGCGGCCAAUGCAGACAUAGUCACCUUGCUGCGUCUGGCUCGGAUGAACGAGGAAAUGAGAGAAGCUGAGGGCCCCUUUGGACAACCAGGAGAUGCAACGUACCUUGACAUCUUCCGGGAGUUUUCGCACAUGGCAUCCAACAAUCCCGAAAAACUCAACCGGCGGAGCUUACACUUCAGCCACUCCUGCAGAUAGCGCCUCCCCUCCUCUUGAGGGUCCUUCUGCUGGAGAGUCGGCUUCGAGCUACCAAAGCUCUGCAAGUGUGCACCGCGGGGAGCUGGCUGGCGAGGUGGGCCAGGUCGCUCGGGCUCAGCUGCUGAAGGAAGCUCUGGAAACCUGCCUCCCUGACCCAACACGCACUUACAGAGCAGGCAGCGUUUUUAUUCUGGUGCUGGCUCUUGUAUCCACACUCCAGACCAAAGAGCUUGACCGACACUAAUCAACAGCCAGGAUAGCCCUGUAAAGAGCUGAGUUAACCAGGAGAAAGUAAUCCCCUUUUUUUUUUAAUUGUUUUUUUUGCAAUUCUUUCCCUCUGAACUCAGUCCUCCAGGCCUCUUCAAACCAAGCACCCACUUCAUGCAACAAGAUUUGGCUUUUCUCUUGUUCAUUUAUUAAGAGAAAGGUUCCCCCAUCUGCAACUAAAAAUACAGUGGGCCCCAGGAGAGUCUUAUUAGCCCAGGGGACUCAAAAGCCCUGUUUCUUCAGAAUGCAUUAAUCCCUUCACUGCCAACUUCUGCGGUAGCUUUGGGAUAUCCCUGCUGGUGAAGGAGGCGGGCAGGAGAACAAUAAAUGGCUGCAAAUAGUCUUUGGCACCAGUGAAAAGAUCCAUGCUGAGCAGCAAGAAAGUUGGUCAUAUUUUAUAUCAGCCCAUGGCAAGCCCCAGAGGAAGAUAAAUAGUCUUCCCCUCCACUAAUGGACUCAUUCCAGGAAUGAUAUUCCUGCCAGGCGGAUAACUGAUUUUUGUUCAUAUUCAAAUAGUUUCAGUCUCGAGUCAAUGCAGUGCUCCAGUCAUUGAGCGACCACGGGAUAUUGGCACUCCUGCCAGCAGACUCCAGAAGGAAGGAUAAAGCAGUUGCCAAACAAUAGCAGUUGAUGGUUGUGCCUGUUUUGGAGAUCAAACAUUUCUUAUCUGUAUUGCUCAUGUAUUGCAUUUCUACACAAAGGGGUUCUUAGCACUCCCCCCUUGCCUACAGUGUGGGAAGAUUUUCUUGCCUGAAGAAGGAGUGAAUGUAUCCUCUCAACACUUCCCCCUUGGGAAUUAUCCAUGUGAAUCUCUAUGAAACCCAUUUGGGAGAGACUUAGAUUGUUAUUCCCCUCCACCGCCCCAAAUGAAGUUAGUAGCAAGGCAGUUUGCAAGCUCAAGUGGCAGAGGAUGCUGGGUCGUAGGGUUAAGCUGGCUGUGGUGAAGGUGCAUGCCUUCAUUUUUAUGGUAUUAGAGAAAUGAUCAAUCAGGCCAAAUAGGAAACCGAAUUCCACCCCAACACGGCUUUCUAUGCCUACAUGGUAGUGUGGUUAAAUGGCUGGAGCGUGUGAGGAGGACUCAGUGGCCAUGAGAUCUCUUCUGGACUCUACCUCCAGGCUGCUGUGUGACCUGGACAUGUCACCUCACUUUUUAGUUUGCCAUUUCUGUUGCAAUACCUCCAUUGGAAAGUGCGGUUGAACUAUUAAUAUCAUCCUCAUCUGAAAACUCAAUCUGGGCCUUCAUAGUUUCAUAGUAGCUAGGGUCAGAACAGAUUAUCUAGCCACAGGCAGGAAUGAAUGCUGGGUUCACAAGACCUUGCCUUGCCUUCCUUAAAAAGGUCUUGCCUUCCUUAAAAAGUUUUAUAUCCCCUCCUUGAUGUGCACCUCCAUGUUAGGAGAGCUGUACUCUUUCUGUAAGGCAGGGCUUUCUUUACUAUUUCUUUACCUGUAAUAUUAUUUCAUACUUAUGAACAGUUAUGUGUGGACUAUACCGGUAUAGGCACCAUGACGUAUAAAAGCAUAAUGUCUGCACGAUGUAUAUAAACCAUGUUUACAUGCUGAAAUGUAAUAUAUCAUAUGGCAGAAGAAAUGUAUUUUUUAAAUAAGGUGGGAAUGAAAGAGUCUGGCGUAUGAACUGCAAAUAAAGGCUUGA